AUGGGUCAUUUUGACAUGGUCAAAAAUGCCCAGUGUGAUCGCUGUCACAUGGGCAGCAUCAUAAGAAGAAGCUUCCCCUGCCGAGCCCCCUGUGCCUUGUGGGUGAUGAGGGGGGCAAACAGCGAGGUUGGCUCUCAGGGGAAGGAUAGUGUGGGAUCCCACUGGCUGCGGGCUCCGGCCCUGAAAUCAGGACAGGAAGGCACUGGGACAAUUCUGUUGUCAUAUCAAGUGCCUGAGUCUCACCAUCAGCCUGGCUUCCCAGACAUGGACUAUACCCGUGACUCUGGGCUGAGGCAUGGGAAGGUGGAAGUCACAACCCCUGAUGGAAAAACUGGCUCCUCGCCAGAUCUCCAGAUCCUGUGUGGAAAGGGAACGAACAGGCAACUUCAAAAGAUGGUCCAUGAUAUUAAGAACAAUGAAGGUGGAAUAAUGAACAAAAUCAAGAAGCUGAAAGUCAAAGCACCCCCAAGUGUUCCUCAAAGGGACUAUGCCUCAGAGAACCCUGCCGACGAGGAGGAGCAGUGGUCAGAUGACUUUGACAGCGAUUACGAAAACCCAGACGAGCACUCUGACUCCGAGAUGUACGUGCUGCCGGCCGAGGAGACCGGGGACGACAGCUACGAGCCGCCGCCCGUCGAGCAGGAGACCAGGGCGGUUCACCCAGCCCUGCCCUUCGCCAGGGGCGAAUACGUAGACAAUCGGUCAAGCCAGAGGCAGUCUCCACCCUUCAGCAAGACCCUCCCCAGUAAGCCCAGCUGGCCUUCCGAAAAGGCAAGACUGGCCUCCACUCUGCCAGCCCUGACUUCUCUGCAGAAACCUCAAGUUCCACCCAAACCCAAAGAACUCCUGGAGGAUGAGGCUGACUACGUUAUCCCUGUGGAAGCUGAAGAUGAAAACUAUAUUCACCCCACAGAAAGCACUUCACUCCCACCGGCAAAAGCUCCCAUGGUAAACAGAUCAACUAAGCCAAAUAACUCCUCAAAGCCAGCCUCUCCACCAAGGACAGCUUUAGGUCGGAGCGGUGGGACCUGGGACUGCAAGUCACCAUCUUCGCCUGCAGUGCCGUGCCCUCUGCCCAGGGCCGGGAAAAAACCCGCUACACCACUGAAGACGGUCUAUAUAUUCCAUCCUGGUUUCUCUGACAAUGGACAAUGGACAUUUCAUUCAAAUGCUAAUAAGAGUCUUCCUUAUGCAGAAAAACCUAUACCUGCUGAACGCCACCGAGGAUCUAGUCACAGACAGGAACCAGUGCCAUUGCCAGGCUUUCUUCCUGCCCAGAAACAACUCCAUCAAAAACCAGUACCUCUGCCAAGAUUUCCAGAAGGCGGAAGCCCAACGGUGGAUGGCCCACUACCGAGCUUUUCAUCUAACUCCAGUGUAUCAGAACAGGAGGCUGAUGUCUGCUGUAAGCCGUGGUACGCCGGCGACUGUGAUCGGAAGUCUGCAGAAGAAGCAUUAUACAGAUCAGACAAGGAUGGAUCAUUUCUUAUUCGGAAAAGCUCUGGCCAAGAUUCCAAGCAGCCAUAUACACUAGUUGUAUUCUUUAAUAAGAGGGUAUAUAAUAUCCCUGUGCGAUUUAUUGAAGCAACAAAACAGUAUGCUUUGGGCAGAAAGAAAAAUGGUGAAGAGUACUUUCCAAGUGUUGCUGAAAUUAUCAAGAACCAUCAACAUAGUCCCCUGAUUCUCAUCGACAGUCAGAAUAACACAAAAGAUUCCACAAGACUGAAAUACGCAGUUAAAGUUUCAUAAAGGAUGUCAACGUCGUGGCUCCAGACAUUUCCCCCAAGUCCACAUCUCCGAGAAACAGUCCUAAAGCUUCAUAUGUUGGAUUGAGAAUCAUCUAGUAAUAAAAUGGUAGAUGGAGGCAGUUACUGAGG